AUGGACAGUUCAAGAAAAGCUACUUCCUUGGGAACAAAAGCUGAUGAACAUUCAGCUGACAUUGGGAACGCAAAAAAUCUUUCUAAGAACAAAAUCUCAUUGAACAAUAGUGAACAAAGAGACAAAUCAACCGAAGAAAGCGGCUACUACACAACAUCAUUUGCUGCUGAUGUUCACACAAGUUCAAUUCACUCGUGGAAAACAAAUGAAUCUGUGGAAAGUUCGAUGAACAACAAAAUGUUCAAAAUGAAUAAUCUCUGUUCCAACAUCCCUAACUCCGUCGAUGAAUCCCCCUUGAAACACAAAUUUGUGUUGAAACGACCCUGGGAAGAUAACGAGAAACUCUCGUCAGCCGAUCCCAACACGCCAUUCAAAAAAUUCCGCGCUGAAGUGGAUGGUGGGGAGGACUCAUCAUUGAAUUUGACACAACAAUUCAAUGCACAUGUGGAUAAUUCCAAUCUUCACGUUUCUCAACUAUGUGCAAGAUUCAAAAUGAAUUGUAAUGAUGUGAUACCUUUCAAUCCACAAAUAACCAGCACUCCAGCAUUCAAAUCAACACAGACUGACUCCAAUUCAAUUACCAACAACAGUCCGGACCCAGUCUUUAGUCCGCCAACGAUUCCAACAACAAAAAACAUAUUCUGGACGGAGAUUGUGAGCCUCCUUGAAAAUUGGUAUGCGAGGCACGUUGAUGAUCCAUACGCUACUGGGAAUGACCUCAAAAAUUUGACGAACCAAUUUCAGCUGGAGGAGAAGCAAUUUUAUCUUAUAGUUGAUAUGGAGAAGAAGCAAGACUGUUUAAGAAAAGAUAGCUCCUUGGGAACAAAAAGUGAUGAAUGUUCGGUUGACAUCGAGAAGACAAAAACAUUUCUCAAAACAAUAUGA